AUGAAUCAAGUCCCUAAAAGGUUAAUAGAUGUUGUAGCUAGAGCUGAUUCAUCUCAGAAAUAUACAAUGAUUCGAUUCAACGCCAUCAAUACAUAUACGGAUGAUAACCAUAAUGGUGACAAUGUUGAUGCAACUCGCAACUAUAGUUUCUCUGAAACAGAAUCAACUAGCAAGAAAGCAACAACACGACAAGCAGCAGCAAACAACAACAACAACAACAACGAUAAUCAAUUGUCAAGCAACCAUGGUUGGGAUAAUAGUAGUGGUGUCAGUAGUGGUGGUGAAGAUAGUUUCAGUGAAAGUGAUGAUGAAUAUUCAAGAUUAACAGUAGAGGCUCAAGAAGCAAUCAUAUUUAAAACCUAUGAUAAAGCAUUAAGAAGACAACAAUCAAAUAACCAUUUAGAAUCGCAACAACUUUUUAAUGAUAUUUUAAAUGCUUCACUCAUCAAAGAGAUUACACCAGAUAACAGUAGUAAUGCCUCAAAAUCAUUAUUUCUUAUUAAAUAUUUAUCAUUAAAGAAUUUGGCAACCAUCUAUGAAUUGAUGGAUGACAAGGAGAGAGCACUCACCUAUUUUGCACAGGCAGUUGAUUAUGACAAUAGAGAUCUAACAUUGUGGCAUAAUAUCGGUAAAUUGUCUUGUGAUCUUGGUAAAUGGUCGUUGGCUAGAAUCGCAUUUGAGCGUGCACUUUCCAUAUCUCCCAUUCAUUGGAUUUCACUCGAAAGAUUGACUGAAAUGCUUUAUUGCAUUGGUGAUUUUGAUAGUUGUCGUAUAAUGGUCGAUAGAUGUUUGGAGAUUGAUCAUACAUCAAAAAGAAUACAAUGUAUAAAUGCACUUUUACUUCGCGAGGAUCCAAAAAAAGUGGACAAUCUUGGAGAGAUUUUAAAAUUAUUUGUUGAAAAUGAUCAGGAAUCUAAAAAUUAUAUUCAAAAUCUUAUAAAGGCACACGAAAAGAUACAGAAUGGACUGGGAUCCAACACAUUAAAUAUAUCAUCACCAACAUUAUUGCAAGAACCAACCAAAUAUACACUUGCAAAUCUUUCAUGGGAUUCCUUAUCAACCUUAUUGUCGACAAUCUAUAAUCAAGCAAAAUCUCCAACUUUAUCAUCAUCAUCAUCAUCGUCACCAUCAUCUCCACUCCGAUUAUAUUCACCAAUAGAAAUUAAAUCAAUGGGAGAUUUUUCACCAAAGAAAGCAGUUUCUUACACAAUCAACACCCCAAUUGAUUCUCCAUCCUCUUCUUCCCCCUCCUCCUCUUCCUCCUCUUCAUCUUCACCUUUUUCUAGUUCUGAUAAAACGCAAAUCAGUCCACCAACUACUACUACUACUACUACUACUACUACUACUACUACUAUUGUUGUUGCAGAUGAAAAGAAACAAUCCCCCGAAAAUCUGGUUCAAACAGAAGCCAUUGCCCCCACAACCACAGAACCAGCAACAACAACAACAAAUGGGGCAGAUAAUUCACCAACUUCUUCCUCCUCCCCUUCCACUACAACAAACACUUUAAAUUCAAGUUCAGGAAGUAUUCCCAUUGUAGCAACAGUUGCAACGGCACCAACCACCACAUCAUCGAUAAAAACCAGAAGAUCUCUCAACGCCAAUGUAAGAACUCCUACCGCUGCUACACCGCAAAAAGAAGAUGCCAACAAACCACUAGAGACUGAUGAGUUUAUUGAAAAAUUAUUCACAAUCAAAAAGCCAAUCUCAAUGAGUGCCUUGACAGAUUUAUAUGUAUUGGCUGAUCAAGAGAUGAGUGGCGGUGACAGAGGAAGCAAUUCACCAAAUGUGGCGGGUUCAUCAAAGGAAAUGGAUGAAAAAAGUAAAGUGACAACUUUAGAUCUUCAAGAAAUGGAAAAAGAAAGAGUGCACAAUUUUAUUAAAAGGAUCAACCAAAAGGAAAAAAAGGGCACAGUAUUUGAUUGGAUGAUUGACUUUUUAGAGUAUACUUGCACUCACCAAUCCUAUCAAUACCCUCAGAACCUUUUAACAAAGUUGAGCACAAUCUAUACCGUUGUUUCUAAAGUCUCUCCUCAUUUUUAUAGGUUUAUAUUAUUUUUUGCAGAAAAUUCAUUAGAUUCAAUAUUGUAUACACCAAAACCGCUCACAACACAAAACCCAUAUAGAAAUCAACAUGAAUUAUCAAAUUUUAUUCAACAACUGAAUUGCAAUCAAACGAUUAUUGAUCAAGAUAUUGUAUUGGCAAUCAGAUAUAGAUGGUUAUUGGCUAGAUAUUACAAAUAUAUGGGUGAUAUUGAAUUGGCCACUCACUAUUUUGGCGCUUGUGAAGAACAUUGUCAAGAGUGGUCAGUAAAAUCCUCCAGUAACAAAUCACCCAUUAUCGUUCUCUAUAAUUGCAAGGGUGAUAGAUACAUUUCAACUGCGAUUGUAAAAGAGAAAAUAACGAGUCUUCAAGACCAACAAGAAAAAAACAAAGCAGGACAUUACUUUAACAUUGGAGAUUAUAAUGAAUCGAUCAACAUUCUAGAACCACUUUUCCCAGAUACAUUUUGUUUAAUUGAUCCUUUAUCAUUAUCAAUCUCCUCUUUAAUCUCCUCCCCCAAUAAUACAAACAAUAAUAAUAAUAACAACUCUCAAAUAUCAUUGAUUAGUUUUGAAUUCAAAAAUAAUAAUAUCGAUAUUCAAACCAAAUCAAAACUUAAUAUGGUUGAUACACUCUUAAAGUCAUACAUGUACCAGAAAAAUAUCAAGGGAGUAUUAAAAAUGGCAAUCAUUCUUUUAAAAGAGUUGGCUCUGGUUAUGUCGUAUGAAUGGUUUAAAAUAUUCACCUCGAUUUUUAAUAUUGACCCAUCUAAAAUCAUUUCGAUGCCAAACAAGAUUAUAUUUUAUACAUUGUAUCACGCUGACAUUGGUAAAAAGAAAUCAUGUCACCAAAAUCAAAUAUUCUUACUAGACUAUGUAAAUCUUUUACUUGGAUUCAUUAGCAAUAGUGAUCAGGAUGAAGAAAUCGAUCCACUUUUAGAAUUCAAUGAAUCAAAAAUCGAUAUGAUCGCUUUCAAGAUAAUGAAGGAAUUGUGUCAAUGUUAUAAAUGUCUUUAUAACAUUAAAUUAACUAGUCAAGUAGAUGAACAUGGCAAAAGAGAUUCAUAUUUACCAUUAAAGUUAAAUGUUUUUAUGCAAUUUUAUGUAAUCAUUAAACUUUUGACAGAGGAACAGGAAGAAACUAGUGUACCAUUAAAUCCAAUCAUGGUAAAUUCGAUAGACCGAAUUGGAACACUAUCAAGCAAAAAGGAAUUCAAAGAUAUAAUAGAAUUGAUUUAUUUUAAAUUCCCAACUCCUCCCAUCAGAGCAACAAAAUAUAAAACAAUAAUAGAUGAUUAUAUUGAUGGAACAACCAACGAAAUCAUCGAGUUGAUGGAUGUAGAGUCACCACCAAGAUUAAAUUAUCACAUGAUUUUCGAUGAUAAUUUGGAUGAUUCAUCAAUUGACCAUCCAUUCUUUGAUGACAUUUACACUGAUAUUUAUUAUUUGUACGCAGAAACGUUGUCAGUCACAAAGGAUACAAGGUCUGCUCGAUAUCAACUUUAUAUAUACGAUCUCUAUUGCAAUCCAAAUCGUUUAAAUACAUGGGACCUUCUCUCUAAAAUAAUACAAGAAGAUCUAACACACAUCACAAAUGAACAAGGUCUAAAUGCUCUAGAAAAUAUUCAAGUUUCCAAUACAAUUAUAGAACUUUAUAGAAAAUUAAGAUUAAUCUAUAGACAGAUGAUAAAAAUCGAUCCAACUGAAGAGAUUUAUAAUUUAUUGGCGUUAUCAAUAAUGGAUUGUAAGGAAUUAACAGAGAGACUGUACAAUGAAUCAUACGAGUACUUUGAAGAGACAUUAAAGCAUGCUACAAAUGAUCAUUGGAAUUUUAUCUAUUACCAAUCAAAGAUAUUAUUUAAAUUACAAAAACCAUUGGAAGAGUGUUUUGAUCAUCUCUGGAAAUCCAUCCAAAUGUGUCCUCCCCCUCAACCCAAAAAGAAACCUCCUGUGGACCCUCUUUAUAGAUUACACACGAACCGACUUAAACUUCUCCUCCCUUUAACAAAACCUGUUGAUGAACAGCUUAUCACUUUGUUGGAGAAAUAUAAUUUUUCUCCAAAAUCAAAGACAAAAUCAAAUCAACUAACAGAUGACGAACAACCCAACAAUGAAUCGACAACAACAACAACAACAGUAGAGGAUGAUGUUACCAACAUUGAUGCUACCAACAACGACGAAACAUUGGCAGCUACAGAACAAAGAUCACCAGAAUCUUUAGAAAAGAGAAGAGAAAAUUUAAUCGAAAAUUCAUAUGCAGCUCUUUGUCAUUGUAAAUCUUUGCUUUCUUAUCAUCAUCAAUCUUUUUAUAGAAUUACAUGGGUAAUUAGAUAUUCAACCUAUAGAGAAGAUUAUUUAAAAGAAUCUCUCAAUGAAUUUAUUAAAUUGUUUAAACCACGAAUUUCAAGAUUAUCAAAAGCUGGUGUAUGGAGUCUUUGGAAUGAUGGAUAUAUUGGAGAUGGUAAAUUGGAUAGAUAUUUUAGAAAAUACUAUAGAUUUUACCUUCAAUUGUUGGAAGAGAACAAUGAUUACACCAACUUGGAUCUUUUGUAUGCAAAGAUAAAAGUUGAACCCAGAUUCAAACACGAAGCUUCAUUGUGCUUUGAAGCAUGUUGCAAAACAAUUCGUCACCAAUUGGAAAAUAGUCACUCUGAAUUGGCAACCACAAAAAGCAAACUGCACCAAGUUCAACAAAACCACGAUCAUCUCCGAAAACAACUGCAACACCAGCAACAACAAAUUCAAAAUUAUCACUCACAUCACCAAGUCAUCCAAACUUUACCAACUAGUGAGACAGCAGCUUCAGUAAUAGAUGAUCAACCUGGACAAAUUCCAACAAUCGACCAAGGUCUGUUGACAGGCAUUACGCAGGCUGAAAAAGAAGAACACCACACCAAGGAAUUGCACGACAAAUUAUUGCAACAACAAAACAAAAUACUUCAGGCCUUGUGGGAUUUGUAUAAUGAUGCAAAUACACUUUAUGUUCAUCUUAGAGAUCAAGUAAACAAUAUUUUAGUAGAUUGUUAUCGCGUUGCCUAUCCAUCCUCGUCUAGCCACAACUUUAAUGAAAUUUUAGAAUACUUUGAUAAGAAAUUUUCAAAUCCAUCUUCUCAAAAAGAUAAAAGAAAAAAGCCCACCACCACCACCACCACCACAACAAUAGUACAACAACCUUCUCAAUCACAAUCAUCAACACAACCAGCAGUAGGACCUACAUUAAUAGAUUCAUCUGAUGAUUCUAAAUCACCAACACAAAAAGAUCUAAAAAAGAAGAGAACCAGUUUUUAA